AUGUCAGCAAUUAAAGUUACUGAGAUUGCAGGCCAUGUAGAAUUUACAAACGUCAAAUGCAGUCCAUUGGAUAAAAAUUUUGCUGAUUUUGAAUAUUGUUAUAUAAAAGCCAUAAACCGGAGCUAUAAAUAUGUUUCCUUAAAGGUGAACCUAUUUAAAAUGCCAGUAACUAAAGUAAAGGUUAAUUUGUCUUUAAUGAAACGAUUUAAUGGAUAUAGACCAUUUCUGUAUAAUGUCACUGUAGAUGCUUGUAAUUAUCUAAAAAAUCCGAGUAAAAAUCCGAUAGCUCAAUUUCUAGGAGGCCUUUAUCUACCUUUUACAAAUAUGAAUCACCAAUGCCCAUUCAAUCAUAGCCUAAUACUGGACAAACUUCCUAUUGACCAUUUGAACCACCAGUUUUCCAGUGUUUUGCCAUUUCCCCUUGGUGAUUAUGCUUUCUGCACCACCUGGAUCGCUUAUGAUAUCAUUCGUGCUGAUGUCAAAAUAUUUUUUACACUCUCAUAA